AUGCAAGAAGGAUCAUAUAAUUCUUUUUUUGGCUCCAGUGAAUAUGAUGAUUAUAUGACUUUAAAAUGUAAUUGUACAAAAGGAUCUAAUAAAAGUGGUUGUGAUAAUAAUGGAAUAUGUAUUGUUGAUGAUAAAAGAAAUGCAGCAUGUCUUAUGUUAUAUAGUCCUGAAAGAGGAAUACAUUAUGGUUGUGCAAAUAAAAAGCUUUCUGAAGAUUCUUGUAUUAUUAAAACAACAAAAUUAAAUAAUAAAGCAAUAGUAUGUGCAUGUUCAAGGGAAAAUUUUUGUAAUUAUUAUAAAUGGCCUAAUUAUGAAUCAAUUGCAAAGAAGUUUAAAGAUAAUCCUGAGUUUAUUGAAUAUAUGACAACAAAAAAUCCAUCAACGAUUCACAUUGACUCUAAAAAUAUUCAUCAUUCACAUAGAAAAUCGUAUCAUAAACAUGUAAUUCAAGAUUCUGAUAUUACUGUUAAUGAAACAUUACAUACUCAAAACAAUAAUAAAGAGGUUCAUAAAUAUUAUUCUUCCUGA